AUGGCGCUCGCGCUGGCCGGGCAUGCCCUGGCCACCGGCGCCUGGGCGCCCCCCAGACAGCCCGCGGUCGGGCCCCGGUCGCCUAAGACCCCCUCCUCGCUGCUUUGCUGCAGGCCCCUGGUGCUGGCGACGGCAAUGGGCGCCGAUCGGGGCGCGACCGACCCGGACUGGCGGCCCAUGGACCGGUACAUUACGCGCGAGGGCCUGGUGCGGUAUGAUCUGAUGCUGGAGGAGGGUCCGGGCGCUCUGAGGCACAACGUGCGGGUAGCGGAGUCGUUUGGACGGCUUGACGGCUUCGAGAGGCGCACGGCGAGGGACCUGGCUUUCUACUGCAACGCGUACAACAUUCUGGCGAUGCACUUGGCGUACGCCAAUCUGAAGAAGACGGGGGGGAGGUGGAAAGGACUCACUGGCUUUCUUGACAAGGCAGAUUUCUUCUACCUCCAAUCAGUCACCGUUGCGGGGAAGAAGACGAACCUAUUCGAUCUGGAGAACAAGAUCAUCCGUGCGUACAAUGAACCACGGAUCCAUUUUGCCAUCAACUGCUGCAGCUGGAGCUGCCCCAGGCUUCUGCAGCAACUGUUCUGUACAGCUUGCUUCUCACAACAGCUGGAUGAGGCCACCCGCAGGUUUAUAAAUGUUGACGGGGGUGCUGUUAUGGGACGUGGCAAGACUGUCUCGCUCAGUAAUAUAUUCAAGUGGUACAAGGGGGACUUUGAUCAGCAUGGAGGGGGUGUGAUCAAUUUCAUCAACAAGUACAAGGAGGGCAACAGCGUUCCGCAGGAUGCUGUGAUAGCUUGGCAAGAAUACGACUGGAGCCUCAAUUCGACGAAGAACUCAAGAGCGGCAGCCUUUGAAUGA